GUCAAGAUUCCAAAAUAUGCACUGAAGUCAAUGGAAAGCGUUUUAGCCAUUGUUGCAGACGUCAUGUCCCUUCGUACUGGAGUGAAGAGUCUUUACACACUUGAUGGACAACCUGUUAAAUCUGUGACGGAGUUGAAGUUUGACGGCUGUUACGUUGCUGUUAGUAAGGGAAAGUUUAAACCUGUUCAGUACUACUUCAGCAAGAAAUGUGACUGGAACAAAUGUAAAGAGAAACAAUUUGUUCAAGCAGUACGUCAUAAAGAAGACAUUAAACCUGUUGUUCAGACCAAAACCGAGGUGACUGGUAAAAAUGAGAGAAAUCCAAAAAUAGAGUAUUUCACCAUCGAUGUUUUCACCAAUGGAGAGCCUCUAAUUCCUUCAGUGACUGUAAAAAUUCCAAAGACGGCUCUGAAGUCGAUGGACAACGUCUGCAGCGUGGUGGGAUCCAUGAUGUGCUCUCAUGCUGGAGUGAAGAGGCUUUACACACUUGAUGGACAGCUUGUGAAAGAUCCACAAGACUUGAAGAACGAUGGAAAAUAUGUUGCUGUUACCAGGGGAAGGUUUAAACCUGCCGACUACUUCCAGCCAGUCCGAGUGCCCCUGAAGAAAAAGGGGAAGAAUAAAUGUGAAGAAACUCCACCUGCUGUUCAGGCGACACGUCACAAAAAACAAGUGGAUGACAAGAUCAAGGAGAAGAAGGAUGACAUUUGGAUACAUCCCCCAAGUUCCAAACUGUCCUCCCCCCAUCAGUCAGAUGUGGAGACGUCUUCACCUGCAUUGUCUAACAAAGAUGUUGCUGAAUCUGGUUGUCAAGAAGAACCUGACAUCCAAGAAUCAGAGCAAAGAAAGAAGAACAUUGUUAAACAGCAGAAGAUCUGCCCACCAACACAUUCAGAGGUCAUCAUUCAGAUGCUGCAGCAAUGCUAUAAGGUUUAUGACCCAGAAAGUAGCAUCAUAUAUAAGGAGAGGACACAGACGUUGCUGAGCCAAAUUCAAGAUUACAUCAUGGACAACGAAUACGUCUUGUCAGAGUGCAUGUACCCAGAGAUCGUGAACAUGUGUUCUUCACACAUGUUCAGGGCGUUGAAUCGACCCUCCAAUCCUCCUGCUGCAGAGUUUGCUUCAGAUGAUGAAAAACCCAAGCUGGAUCCUGCAUGGCCACACAUUGAGCUGGUCUAUGAUUUUUUCAAGACGUUUUUAGAAGCUCCAAGCUUUCAGGCGGAGAUUGCUAAGAAAUACAUUGGCAAGGAAUUUGUUACACAGCUCUUACAACAGUUUGCCAGUGAAGAUCCCAGAGAGAGGAUGUGCCUCACGGUUGUGUUCUGUUCAGUCUAUCUUGCGUUCGAAGACCUCCAAGAGUACAUGUUUCAUGGGAUUUGUGACAUUUUCUUUCGGUUUGUGCAUGAGAAUGGGCAGCCCACUGGUAUCACUGAUCUCCUGGAACUCAUUCAGACUAUCACCAAACAAAUAACGCCUCCAUUGUGUGAAGAUGACAGGAUUUUCUUCUGCGGGGUUUUAGUGCCCCUGCACAAACCAAAAACACUCUGGCUCUACCAUCAACAGCUCGUUGAGUGUAUCGUCCAGUUUUUGGAGAUGGAUGCAACUCUAACUGAGCCGCUGGUGCUCUAUCUGUUGAAGCAUUGGCCGAAGACGUGCACAUGUAAAGAGCUGCUGUUCAUCAAAGAGCUGGCAAAAAUUCUAGAGUGCAUCUAUGUCUCUGACUUCAAGUUGGUUCAGGAGCCUCUCUUCAAGCAGCUGGCCCGAUGCCUCUCCGGCUCAAAUCAUGUGGUGGCAAAGGCAGCGCUGGAGUUCUGCACAAAGGAGCAUAUCAUCAGUUUUAUCCGUGAAAAUGCAGAGGAGAUCCUGCCCAUUGUGCUGCCUGCCCUGUUCCAGUGUUCAAACAGCCAGCUAUAUGAGUCUGUCAAGCACAUCCUGACUGAUUAUCUGCCACAGCUGCUCAUGAUGAAUCCUGAGCUCUUUGCACACUGCAUAAAGCAGAUCCUGACUACAAGACGGAAAGAGCAGCUGAGGUCCAAAGCAAGUGAAAAGAUGUGGAUGAAGAUCGAGGCACUCGCUAAGUCCAAAACACAGCACACAGACGGUGACAUUAGCGAUCGUGAGGACAGGAAGCCAAUCAUCAUCCUAGACUACAACCGCAACAAAGGAGGUGUGGACAACCUAGAUAAGGUGAUUGGAACAUACAGCUGCAGAAGAAUGACUGCCCGCUGGCCCCUGGUCAUCUUCCACAACAUCAUUGAUGUUUCCUCCUACAAUGCCUUUGUGAUUUGGAGAGAGAUCAACCCGACCUGGAUGUCUCAUAAGCAGAACAAGAGGAGGGUGUUCCUGGAGCAGCUAGGAAAGGCACUUGUUAAACCGACUGAGGACCCAACUGUCCAUAAGAGGAAGAAGACUGUAGUGACACGGGUUCCUCCGGUCCAAACACGAAAGAACAUCAGGAAUGAACGUCUUUACACACUUGAUGGACAACCUGUUAAAUCUGUGACGGAGUUGAAGUUUGACAGCUGUUACGUUGCUGUUAGUAAGGGGAAGUUUAAACCUGUUCAGUACUUUCAGCAAGAAAUUAAAGAGAAACUAUUUGUUCAAGCAGUACGUCAUAAAGAAGACAUUAAACCUGUUGUUCAGACCAAAACCGAGGCGACUGGUAAAAAUGAGAGAAAUCCAAAAAUAGAGUAUUUCACCAUCGAUGUUUUCACCAAUGGAGAGCCUCUAAUUCCUUCAGUGACUGUAAAAAUUCCAAAGACGGCUCUGAAGUCAAUGGACAACGUCUGCAGCGUGGUGGGAUCCAUGAUGUGCUCUCAUGCUGGAGUGAAGAGGCUUUACACACUUGAUGGACAGCUUGUGAAAGAUCCACAAGACUUGAAGAAUGAUGGAAAAUAUGUUGCUGUUACCAGGGGAAGGUUUAAACCUGCCGACUACUUCCAGCCAGUCCGAGUGCCCCUGAAGAAAAAGGGGAAGAAUAAAUGUGAAGAAACUCCACCUGCUGUUCAGGCGACACGUCACAAAAAACAAGUGAUAAAGCCAGUGAUUCAGCUCAAGGAUAAUCAAAAAUUGAGGCCUUUCUCCAUAAAAGUUUUUACCAAUGGAGAGCCUCUAAUUCCUUCAGUUAACGUCAAGAUUCCAAAAUAUGCACUGAAGUCAAUGGAAAGCGUUUUAGCCAUUGUUGCAGACGUCAUGUCCCUUCGUACUGGAGUGAAGAGUCUUUACACACUUGAUGGACAACCUGUUAAAUCUGUGACGGAGUUGAAGUUUGACGGCUGUUACGUUGCUGUUAGUAAGGGGAAGUUUAAACCUGUUCAGUACUUCAGCAAGAAAUGUGACUGGAACAAAUGUAAAGAGAAACAAUUUGUUCAAGCAGUACGUCAUAAAGAAGACAUUAAACCUGUUGUUCAGACCAAAACCGAGGCGACUGGUAAAAAUGAGAGAAAUCCAAAAAUAGAGUAUUUCACCAUCGAUGUUUUCACCAAUGGAGAGCCUCUAAUUCCUUCAGUGCCUGUAAAAAUUCCAAAGACGGCUCUGAAGUCAAUGGACAACGUCUGCAGCGUGGUGGGAUCCAUGAUGUGCUCUCAUGCUGGAGUGAAGAGGCUUUACACACUUGAUGGACAGCUUGUGAAAGAUCCACAAGACUUGAAGAACGAUGGAAAAUAUGUUGCUGUUACCAGUGGAAGGUUUAAACCUGCCGACUACUUCCAGCCAGUCCGAGUGCCCCUGAAGAAAAAGUGCAAAAAUAAAUGUAAAGAAACUCCACCUGCUGUUCAGGCGACACGUCACAAAAAACAAGUGGAUGACAAGAUCAAGGAGAAGAAGGAUGACAUUUGGAUACAUCCCCCAAGUUCCAAACUGUCCUCCCCCCAUCAGUCAGAUGUGGAGACGUCUUCACCUGCAUUGUCUAACAAAGAUGUUGCUGAAUCUGGUUGUCAAGAAUAA